GACAGCUGUUGCCGAUGUAAACAAACGAAAAUCAUGAACGAAUCAGAAGAAAUAGAGAAAGAAGACUUAGGAAAAUGUGCUGACUUGUUUUCGUUUGAUUUGGUCAAACCUGUGAGAUUAUCUCUCCAUUUGAUUGUAAAAAGACAUCUUCCUCCAGAUGCAAAAGACUGGAGUCAUGAAAAGAUUCUGGAAGCUCUGCAGAAAAUCACUCACCUGCGACUUGACAGAGAGAACAUUUCAGACAUUGAUGGAUUAGAGUUACUGAGUGAUAAAGUCACCAAUAUCUACUUUCAACAUAAUCAAAUAAGACGAAUUGAGAAUCUGGAAUGUCUGAAAAACCUGCAGUUUUUGACUCUGUCUGGUAACCAGAUCAAAUGUGUGGAGAAUUUGAGGCACUUAGAGAAGUUGUACUUCCUGGACUUGUCCUUUAAUCAGGUCAAGGACUUUGACAUAGAUGAGUUUCCACAAAGUUUAAUCAUUCUGAAUUUAAAAGGGAAUCCCUGCGUAACCCACCCAGACCACAGAGGACGAAUCAUUCAAGACUUACCAAAACUGAAGCAACUGGAUGAAGUAGAAAUCAGCAGUGAUGAAAAACUGGAGGCGGGAUUUAAAACUAAGGAGGAAGAGGAAGGGGAAGAGAAGGAAGGGGAGGAUGAUGAGGAAGAUGAAGACAUCCCAGUGAGAGAUUCAGGGGGGUCAAAAGACAUUGCACAUCUGACCACCUCUACUUUGAUGAGGUCUCAACAGAGACUGGAACUGGACCUCAAAGAACACCUCAAACACUCCCAGGAACUGGACCUCAUCAGAGAAAAAUAUAACAUUCCAUCAUCGAGGACCCCCAGGGUAGGAUUAAAACAGAAAUAGACUGUAUACAGACCUCAUCAGAGAAAAAUAUAACAUUCCAUUAUCGAGGACCCCCAGGGCAGGAUUAAAUCAGAAAUAACCAUAUAUGUACCUCAUUAGAGAAAAACAUAACAUUCCAUCAUCUAGGACCAACAGGGCAGGAUUAAAUCAGAAAUAGACUAAGCUUUGGUGAUUUUUAUCGUCAAGUACAGUAUGAAUGAGACAUGAAUUACACUUAUUUAAUGACUGUUUUAAAUGUUAGAGAUUGAAUUAAAAUAACAUCAAUAAUUUAGGAAAGUAUAAGAGACUUGUAGAAAAGAAUUUCUAUCUACAAAUAUGAAGGUAAAUGCAAUAUCUUCCAUGCAUUCAUUUGAUUUAUGCUGAAUAAUUUGUCAUUAACAGACUGACUACAAAUGUCCAGUGAAUUUGUUUUAUGUUUUAUUAAUUAUAUUAGUAGUUAAUUAUGUCAGUUUAGGAAUCAUUAAUUUUUAGUACAAAAUAUGAUUCAAUUUAAAUCAUUUAUUAUUUUGCUAUAUGUAUGUUCUGUAUAAAAAUGUUUUACUGUACUUAAACUGUACCAUCUAAUCUGAGAAGGCACCAUCCAACAAGCCGUUAAUGGAUUAAGCCUUAUAAAAUACUCUAGACUCAAAGCACACAGAUUAAUUGAAAUGUUAGAUCUGUCAUAGAUUAGGAUCUCAUUUUAAUCAGGUAUUUGUUACAUACAUGUUCUGUAUGUAAGUGUAUACAUGUUCUGUGUAUAAGUGUCUUACUAUACUCUUGUAGUUGUAAAGGUGGCAAGAAUUACAUGUAGGAGAUAGAUUUUAAAACAAAACUUAUUCGAUUCUUACAUUCAGACUUAAAGUAUGCAUAUAAAUUCUAUUGUUAAAUCUGUCCAUGUUUGUUUUC